AAGCGAUCGCGGUUACCACGACCGGGAAAUAAUAUCAUGUCUCCCCGUUGGUCUUUGGCUUUUUUUCUAUAAUGUAAAGCUGCUUAUUUCACACUACCUACUGUCUUUGAUUACUACUAUCAUCUUGAUCAAUGCUUUUAAUUCGUUUCAAGUUGUUGAGAUAUGACAACCGCUGUGGAUAUUUUCGGGUCUUCGAAUAGUGGUUGCACUGUUUCAACAAAUGAAGUUUGCCAGUUUUCGCUUAUUUCAUGCUCACCUAAUUGUAAUGAGGAUCAUUUAUGCAGUAAAAAUGACUUAUUCAUUUCUGAAUCCGUUCACGAUGAAUCGUUUCAAAGAUCACCAUCGUCUUUCAAGACACCAAGUAAAGAAGUUUCUUCUCCUGGAUCAUUUGAACUUCCAUCAAUGCCAAGUGAUAAAAGUAGCUCCCGCGAUUGUUCAGAUGGGUUUAGUUCAGUAAACUGUUUAAUCUCUUCAGAUUUAACUGAUACUGAUCGUUCAAACAGUGCAUGCUCCCUUUCUCCGUGUCCACAGUCGGUUGGACAUUGUUCAAAUGCUAAUGAUGAAUGUUCUCUUUUGUAUUCAGAUCGAAUAUUAGAAAGUGCCUUUUACAAAUCUGUACGUACAGAGGCUUGUAUUGAUAACUGCACCACUUCACAUAUAUUACAUACGAGUUUCACAGAUACUCCUUUGUCACAAGACCCGUCAUUCCAAACUUCAUAUCUCAUUAACAAAAGCUCUGCAUUUACGUCUUUCGGUUGCAACAACCGGGAUAAUUUUUCUUUAUUUCAGAACAAAAACUACAACAAGUCUUAUGGAUCUGAUUUCCAACAUUUCUGUAAAACUUGUAUUCACUCUGACAAAGUAGCUACGUUAAAUAGCUCACCUUCAAAAGAUUGUCUUUCUAGAGCUAAUCAUGGUUUUACUGAAGUUAUUAGGUGUCCUGCCAUCCUUGACAAUGCAACUACUUAUCCAAUAAAUCCUACACAUUGCAUAAAAACAUCUAACUCUAAAGUACGCUUUGAAUCUCAGCAUUCCACCAGUGUUUAUCAAAGUUCUCAAAAUACAUUCAAUCUUCAGUAUCGAAAAACUCCUGCCUCUGUUUCUGACGCUUCUGUGCCUUCCAAUAAUAGACGUGAAUUUGGAUAUGACGGAACAGAAAUCCAAUUCUUAAAAGUGGAAAGUACAACUGUACCAUCGGUUUGUCCACUAAAAGAAGUCGAUUCGUCCAUGUCUGGAAUUAAACCCAAUAUUGUGGGAAAUAAGUAUUCUGAUGGCGGUUUUACUUGUGACCCGGAUUCGAUAUUUACGGGGUCAGAAAAAAUAUCAACGACUCGCUCCUGGGGGAAAACAUCUUUGAAUAUUGACUCCAGUUCCAGUGAUUUAGCAAAUUAUAUUCAUGUCGAUCCGAAACAUUUACCACCUAACUAUAACCAUGAUUUACAUAGAACUUCAGUUACUCCCAUAGCUUUUCGUACAAAUGAUGAUAAGAAUACAGUGUUACUUCAAAACUCAAUCAAAAAUACCAGUGAGAAGAUCUCAUCACAAAAUAUAGAUUUGAGGCAUCGCUGGAAAAUUAAUGUAACAAAUCCAACAACCAAAAUUGAUUGUUCCCCAGUGCCUGAAUGUCGAAAUUCUGUUGGGUCGAAAUGUAAGCGAAAGGGUCCAAAAGUAUCUGAGCGUAGCAGUAAGCGCCAUAAAUCAGUAGAUGGUAAAAUCCCUGAAAAUGUUCCAACUAACCCUCCUGCAGAUGCAUCGAUUCGUUCUGUUUUUUUACAAGAUGUCAAUCGUUUUCUGCAAGAUCCUCCACUUCAUCAUUCAUUUAACUUGUACCCACCGAUUCCCUCACCGAAGCUUACUCAAAACCGUUUUUCGACAAAUAACACCAAUGAUAUAAAUACACAAGGUCGAAAGUACUUUCAUUUUCCUUUAUCAUUAUGUAAACCUGAAAAUGGACCUAUUCCAGAUGACAGUAUUUUGCGAUUCUUGGCUCGUCCUGAUGCUGAGAAAAAAAUGGAUUGUUUAAGUCAUGAAAAUUUCCUAUUAGACGCAUAUAAACGCACUCUGAAUCGAAACUCAUGUUCUACUUUCGUUUCUCCUUCUCCUGUAAAUCAACUCUCUCCUCUGGACCCCUUAACGACACACCAGCCCCAUAGCGUGUAUACUAAUGGCUGCAUAACACCUCCUCUUUAUCCUACACUCAGUGAUAAGCCUCGAUGCCCUGGGCCCGGGUUAGUUACCAAUCUCAACUCUCAUCAAAAAUAUUGUGAAGAAGUUAUUUUGUUUGAUCAACUUAAUAGCGAAGCACAUGCAAUCUGCUCGUACUGUAAAAUGCAAAUAAUGUUACCCCAGAAAACAGUCAAAUGGAAGUCACAAGAUAAGGAAGGCUAUCUAUCCUUUUGCAGUUCUAGUUGUUUAACAAGGUUAAAACGAGAGAGAUCUAACUGUAUGACGUCAUCGGCUUCUAAUGCUAGUAAUUUUGACAAUCCCCUAACAAUUACUUCAACAAUCGAAUCUCAGCCACUUAUCGUCUUUUUAGUGAACAGUAUUCAUCCUAAACGUGUGAAACAAAUUUCUAAACGUCUUUCUCAAGAUUUAAAGUCGAAUUACAAAAGAAAUACCAACGACACAUUUAAUCGUAUGUCAUUUGGAGUUAUCUCUCCUGUGAAGCGAUGGUGUAAUAUUCGCUGGCGAAGGCAUAGUGAUGUCACACAAGUAUGCUCAUUCAACGUGUCUCGAACCUCUUCCGAUUUGCGCGUAUCUCAGAAAAGUCUACCUACAACAUUUCCAUCUAAUGACACGCGCGAAUGCCAAUUAUGUCAUCAAAUAGGUGAUGGAUCGAAUGAUAUAACCAGUAGACUGCUUAACUACAAUACCGAUAAAUGGUUGCAUCUCAACUGUAUACUCUGGUGUUACGAAACAUAUGAAACAGUUAGUGGUUCGUUAAUGGAUGUACCUUGUUCUUCGAAAAAAGCCUCGGAAACUCUGUGUACUCAUUGUAAAAAUCUGGGAGCUGGCUUACCUUGUUUUGACUCGGAUUGCCAAGCCGUAUACCAUCUACCAUGUGCCCACCAAAUCAAUUGUUCUUUUCACCCUGAUCGAGGGAUGUAUUGUCCAUUACACCGCAAAAGUUCGAAUAUACCUCAGCUUGCCAGCUUAGCUGUCGAACGAAAAGUUUACAUUUUCAGAGAUGAACAUUCACAAGUCGAGAAAAUCAUUUCAGAUGAAGACCAUCUUAGUUCAACCCAGAAUGUUAAGGAACCAAAACUUAAAUUACGUAUUGGAACAUUAAUAUUGCAUCGAAUAGGCCAGUUGCUACCUGAACAGUUAGCUAGUGGGGUUUUCCAUACAUCGAAUUUUAUAUAUCCUGUCGGCUACUGGACCUCUCGAAUUUAUUGGUCUUUUCGUCAUGUAGGUCAGCGUUGUCGUUAUGAUUGCCGGAUAGAAGAUGCAGCACAGCCUGAUGAUAUAGAUCAGUCCCUCGUUAAUCAUAUGUUAGUUAAGUUUACUGUGGAGGUGAUAGAACCAAAUGAAGAGAAAAUCUUAUUUGAAGAUUCGACUUGUGAUGGUGUUUGGCAGAAAAUCAUAAAUCGUAUAAAUUUGUCGCGCAAAUGUUCUUCGCUGUUUUUCCGAAUUUUGCAGGAUAACAUACGAGGUGAGGUGUUAUAUGGUCUUACAGAGCCCCAUAUUAUUCGAGCAAUCGAAUCCUUACCUGGUGUAGAUCGUCUAAGUAAUUACCUUUUCAAAUUUGGUAAACUUCAGCUAAUUCAGGAGAUGCCUUUAGCAAUAAAUCCUACGGGUUCUGCUCGAUCUGAACCAAAACUGCGAACUUAUAUCCGGCGCAAGUCAAUUGAAGAUAUUAAUAUUUGUCCAUAUAUCGCCCACAACCACGUGAUUCUUGAAACGCCUGGUCAUUCUUAUAGUUCAGAUAUUGGCAGUCCCACAUACCUAAAUUCUCAGUCUCCAAGCACGACCAGCAAAUCUCAACAGUAUCGUCGACUACGUUGGGAUUGGAAAACAAAUGUCGUUUUAGCACGAUCACGAAUACAAGGCUUAGGGUUGUAUGCUGCUCGUGAUAUAAGUAAGAGUACAUUCAUUAUUGAGUAUUUGGGAGAGGUCAUUCGUAACGAAGUAGCUAACCGUAGAGAACGUUUAUAUGAGUCUCAAAAUCGAGGGAUAUACAUGUUCCGAGUCGAUGAUGAUUGGAUUGUCGACGCGACAAUGUCUGGUGGUUUAGCUCGUUAUAUUAACCAUUCUUGUGAUCCUAACUGUACUGCAGAGAUACUCCACUGUGAUAAUUCUAACCAUAUAGUGAUAAUUGCUAAUAAAAAUAUCGAGAAAGGUGAUGAACUGACAUAUGACUACAAAUUUGAUCUAGAAGAAGAUCGUUGGGAUCGGAUUCCAUGUCUUUGUGGUUCAGUCAAUUGUCGAAAAUGGAUGAACUGAUAGUUGUUCGCUUUCAUUUCACGUAUUUCGUACAUAUGUUCUAAGGUUGUGCUGUUGAUGAUCCCGUUUUCACAUCAUUUUUGUAAAUUAUCAAACUGCGCCCAUAUUUCUUCUGUUACACAAAAUACUUCCUGUACUUUUUUAGACAUUCAUUUCUUGUACUUUAAAAAUCAAACUUUCAGAUUUUUUGAGUUGAUUUUGGUUUUCUUCAGCGUAGUUCUUGUCCUCUAUAAGUAUGUUUGCAUUUUAUUUUUGCCCUAUGUGAUAUUAUUUCCGACCUACAAUCACCAAAUUCAUUCAGUUUAAUCAAAUUUCAGAUUUUCGUAAUGUAUAUAUUGAUCCCUUGAGCUUGUGUAUAAAACAUUUUAGUGGCUGUGGGUUUUGUUCAUUUGAACUACUGUGAAUAAUUUCUGUAUUAUAUUUCCAAACGUUAUAAUAAAGUCGUUUAUAAAUUCUUAA